AUGAGCCCAAGUCUCAAUUGUCUUCUCUCGUCUCUACAGAGAAGCGGAACGUGCACCAAUUCUUUGAUUGCGGUCUUGACUAUUUGUGUGCAGCAACUGUUCUCCUCUUACACAUUCAGUUGUCCCUGUCAAGCCGGAAAGAACUUCUACUAUGGUUCGGCUUUUCUCCUGGUUCCUGCCUUGAUCCUUCUGAUUGCUGGCUAUGCUCUCAGAGGCCAGAUGUGGACGGUCGCCAGCGAAUACUGCUGCUGCAGCUGUACCCCUCCGUACCGGAGAAGCAGCCCUCUCGAGAGGAGGCUGGCCUGCCUCAUGUUCUUCAACAUCACUGGGAGGGCGCUGGUUGCUCCACUGACGUGGCUGACAGUGACCCUGAUGACAGGCACCUACUAUGAAUGUGCGGCAAGUGAGUAUGCCUCUGUGGACCAGUACCCAAUGUUCGCGAAUGUCACUGCCAGCAAACGGGAAGAGAUCCUAGCUGGGUUUCCAUGCUACACGUCGGCUCCUUCUGAUGUGAUGCCAGUAAGAGACGAAGUGGCUCUUCUCCACAGAUACCAGUCACAAAUGCUGGGCUGGAUUUUGAUCAUUUUGGCAACCAUUGCUUUUCUGGUCUCCAAAUGUCUGGGAAGAUGCUGCUCUCCCCUCACCUCUAUGCAGCAUCACUACUGGUCCAACCACCUCCAGAGUGAGAGGGCGCUCUUUGAACAAGCCGCCGAGGAACACUCACGACUUCUCAUCAGACAUCGCAUCAAGAAAGUGUUUGGUUUCAUUCCUGGGAGUGAAGACAUCAAACAUAUUCGCAUUCCUUCAUGCCAGGACUGGAGAGAUAUUUCCAUACCCAAUAUUCUAUGUGUGGGUGACACCACACAGGGUCCCUAUAGCUUCCUCGGAGAAAGGGUGGUUGAGGAAAAUGAGGAAGACAGACAAGAAGGUAUUGAACUGAAGCCUUGA